AAUACCGGGCUGGCCGCUCAGCUCUUCUCUGCAGCAGGAUCUUACCUGAUCCUCGGUCCAGCACUGUAAAGUCUUCCCGCGCCAGCAUCUUUAGUGCGGGAAUCCAGCUGUGAUAGCCGGGUGCCCACUGCGCAUGCGCGAGAGGCGGUCAUCUCCUGUACUAUGUCCGCAGUCUCUGGUCAUCUCCUGUACUAUGUCUGCAGUCUCUGGUCAUCUCCUGUACUAUGUAUGCAGUCUCUGGUCAUCUCCUGUACUAUAUCCGCAGUCUCUGGUCAUCUCUUGUACUAUGUCUGCAGUCUCUGGUCAUCUCCUGUACUAUGUUUGCAGUCUCUGGUCAUCUCCUGUACUAUAUCUGCAGUCUCUGGUCAUGUCCUGUAGUAUGUCCGCAGUCUCUGGUCAUCUCUUGUACUAUGUCUGCAGUCUCUGGUCAUCUCCUGUACUAUGUCUGCAGUCUCUGGUCAUCUCCUGCAAAGGCCUACGCCUCUGAUCUCCUGUACUAAGUCUGUAGUCUCUGGUCAUCUCCUGUACUGUGUCCGCAGUCUCUGGUCAUCUCCUG